AACCGUGCCUGGGUGUCCGGUUCUGUAUUUUUUUUCCUUUUCUCUUUUUCUUCUCUAUCGUUCUUUUUGUGCGAGUAUUUUGUCCCGAACUGCGUUUGCAGUGCAGGUUCCCGUCCCCUAAGGCAAAGAAAGGCAAUACGGUAAUUAUCGUGGAAGGGCUUAAAAAAGGGAAAGCAAACAAUAUUUUUCCUUGCGUGUUUGUGUUAGAAAGGGAGAGGGUUGAAGAAUAACUACCCACCACUGUCCUGAUACAUCUUUUCACAUCUUUUCGUUUCUCCUGCGGGACUUCUGAUCCUGCGCUUUUUGAAAGCGUUCUCUGUCUAUCGGCCUGGGAUCAGACCAUUACUUUUUUUUUCCCCUUGUUUAAACGUCGACAUAUAUCGCUGGAAAAUUCAAAGCAAUUUCGAUUGUCAGUUGAUACGUUCAAAUCCUCAGGACAAUGCCUCACCCAUUCGCGAGGAUAAUAGGUGGUGGGGGGCCAGAAGAACAGGAGCAGCAACAGCGAACGGGUGGGAUAAGAGGAUGGUUGAGCGGUGGGAGGAGGGGUAAUGUUGGGGCACUAGGGGCAUCUACGCAUACGGCAAUGCCAGGGCAAGAAAUGCGCUCGGUGAACUCGAAUAUCAUCUCGCCUACCCCACCGGUAGCAAGUCAGCAGCGACGUGCUUCGAUCUUGCCUCUUGCGUCACCGUUAUCGAGGAAUAACACUAUGGGAUAUAAUGCAAUGGGGUUUUAUGCCCCUCAACAUACGAUUCAGGCUCCUAUGCAGCCUAUAAUCGAGAGGCCGGAACCCGCCAUGCAAAGGGAUAACGUUGGGAUGUCUGUCAAUACAGCUGCGCAGCCGGCUGGGCAGUCGGAUGACCCGCGGACGCCAUUGAUAAACUUGGAGGCUCAGGGGCUAGUGACGCGCGGGGGAAAGUGGUUUUGGAAGAGGGAGUCGUGGAAAGGGCUGCAGUCAAAGUUAGCUGCGGUCCUUGUAUCAGGGCUGUUCCUUGCGAUUACUUUGGCAACUUGUGAGUAUUUAAUUCACGCCGUGAUUCCAUAUUAUAAUUAUCCUUUGUUUCAAUGGCUGAUGGAAUUCGGAAAGACCUUGGACUUGCCUUGACCCCCGAUCUGAACCUGCGUCAAGUGUGGCAUGUGCUCUUGAUAUUAAUCAUCCUUGUUGCAACAACGUUCUUCUGUCACGCAUUGGUUAGACUGUGUAUCGUGGCGACAAACCCUGGACGUUUCCAACGUCUUUCCCAAAACUUCACCCGCAUCCCGUCCGUAGCUGGACCAGGUGGAUAUGCAAACCCACGGGAGCCGAUCCGGAUACACACUCCGUAUGGCGCAGAUGACCAAGGUCUUGCUGAUCCUACCAAGUCCCCACCACCAGUAUAUGGGCUUUGGCGAUGCUCUGUGAGAGUGAACCCGGACCAAUUCUACUGGGUUAGAAGGACUAGUGCAGGCGCACCGACGACCUCCGCCCAUGGGUAUAGUGAUCGAAACAGCAGGACAACUCCCCGUCCCCCGUCAUAUGCAUCUGACGAUGGGGUAACCUACGCUCUUGCUCCACAUCAACUACGCCGCGACCCGCCUCUAUCCCCGCACCCAUCAGGAGCAAACCGGAUGCGGUGAAUAGCAUGUAACUAUCAGAUGCGCUCUCUCUUCUUUCUCACUUUGUAAAAUUACCUUUAUACCCCCGUUUUUGUCAAUACUUUUUUCCUGCUUCCACUUUUGUUCGCUCUCUAGGGGAUUAUGGUAUGGGUGUUUAGGGGUGUUUGGUAUUUUUUGGCAGAUUUUUUACUCUAGUUUACCCCCGACCUGGAUAUAUGAAGGCGGGUGGAUGGGUGGAUGGGUGGAUGGGAUACUUGGAGGCAGAAGGAUUCAUGCGGCGGGAUGGAGAGAAUAUUUGCUUCGUUUCUUGGUCACAACCGGAUUACUUUUAGCUAGCUGGUUAGUUUGGUUCUCGCGGGGAAUCGGAAAUUACAUGACGGUGUCUAUGAUGCCCAGUUGGGGUGGGGGUGCGGUUUCCAGGUUGGCACCGUUUGUUUGGCGGUUUGGGCAUAGUAUCGUACAGCAUUAUGGAGUCGCCAGUUAGCGGCGGGAAAAAAGGGAGCUAAAUCAUGGAAUCUCA